AAAUUUUCUGUUGAUGUAAUUAGUAAUAUCGAUGUUUGUGCUUUUCCCAACUUGUAGAAACUUAACCUGCAUGACAUUUUUGUUUCGUGCGUUUUGUAUCAGUUCUUGUCAUGCGCGCCAUUAGAACCUGUUGUCUCAAAUGACAGCGAGUUUAAUUUGUUCAACUCAACCCAGUUACGUAGUUACAGUAGCUCAACUCGUUCAAGUUUAAUCUCAUUUAGAGAAAUGAUCAAUGUUAGUGGGAUUUGCCAUCAACAAUAUUUAGUCACCGAAAGCUUAGAUAUGUACAUUCAGAAAAUAAUUUAAUGUUGGCCUUACUGCAUAAAUCCAAUUUAUACUUUGAAUAAUACUUUUUAAAAACUUACCCAAAACAACCACAUUCCUCAGUUAAUGUCAAGGGUGCGCCUCUCCAAAUGCUCGUUGUCCAAUCAAAUCUCAGAAUAUAGGGACACGGUGGUGUCCAUCAAAUAUUACCAGUUUAACGGGCAACGAAACGAAGAAAAAGUUGGUCAUCUGGGGUUGAGUUAAUUGGCCACUGCAAGAUGAGCAUACACCACUGUAGUUAGGCUACACAUUGCUUUUCAGUAAUGAAUUCAUAUCUUGCCUGCUGGCCUGUUCUGUAUUGAAGCAAUAUUCAGCCAGAGGGGAGAGGCUAAGGACAGUUUUUAGGCAUAAAAACAACAACGUUUUUUUAAGGAAUCUCAGGGUUGGUGAUAUAUGGCUGAACACAAACCCACACACAUAUAUAUAUUUUUUAAUAUACGUUUAUAAAGAACGAAACAUGAAGGGGAGGAUCAAUAGUGUCAAUGGUCAGGCAAUGCGCAUUGGACCCCUUGCUACAGGCGGACUGGUGGCAGGUGGACCUCUGAGAGCCUUCCUCGUGACUGCGUUGCUGAGCGUGUUGAUGCUCCCGUGUCUGAGGACCGUGGGAUUGAGAGUGUUCUCCAUGGCGUCCGAAACCUACAUGUCGGGCACGCACUCCGCUGCCUUCGUCACCUGCCCCAACGAACAGGUGGCAAAGGAGCUGGCCAGGGGUAUUGUAGAGAAAAAACUGGCCGCUUGUGUCAACAUCGUCCCCCAAAUCACAUCUGUAUAUGAGUGGCAGGGGAAGAUUGAGGAGGACAGUGAAGUUCUGCUGAUGAUCAAGACCAGGAGUUCUAAAGUGUCAGCUCUAGCAGAAUAUGUCAGGUCAAAACACCCAUAUGAAGUGGCGGAGGUCAUCAGCCUCCCGAUUGAUCAGGGCAACCCACCCUACCUCAAGUGGCUCGGUGACACCGUCCCCGAAUGACCGGGGCGCGGCCUCACGUCAGACGCCGUCGCGGUGUCCGCGGAAGACGGAUGUCUGACAAAAGACGAUGGAUGGAUGAAGGAAGGCUAAGUUCAACAUGCAUCCCUAUUCCCCUUGUUGUUCAAAAUCUAAUCUGGACCUUGAGACUGACUGAGAACCGGGACACCAGGUGGUACCAGACGGACUGAGACCCGAGACACCAGGUGGUACCAGACUCGCAUGGAUGAGAUAUUUGGGAGAGGCGUUUGGAGGAUAAUUUUCACUUCACCUGAAAUGCCCUUAGUAGACAUGGUGUGUCUGCUGUCAGAAUUGAAGAUGCUGUCCUGUUUUUCUGCUUCUUUGUUUUUUCAUAUAAAGUGAGAAAUAAUUUGGAAUAAAAGACUCAAGUCGUUCGAUCAAG